AGUAAGGCAGCGGAACUUUUUGAUGCAUGCAAACCCUAAUAACACAGGACAAGCCUUGGCUAACCCGUCGCCACAUGGAACACCUCAAGACGGGGUGCAGGCAUACUCUGGACAGACUCCAUGCCCUGGGCCCACUGCCUUGCCAGAGCGUGAAUUUCAGGGCCAAGUGUUAAGGCUACUCAAUGUUAUAAGACUGAGCUUGCAGCAAGUUGCCAGCACGCUCGACGCUCUCACCGCCUCCAGCGAGCCUACUGCUGCACCCAAUCCGGUUGUACCGCAACCGUUCGACACAGCCGAGGGUCUCUCUAACUUCGAGGCAGAUCUCAGCGCAUCUGACGAAGCUCUUCUGGUCAAGGAACUAAUUCAACUUGGUGGACGAAACCCCAACACCGCAACCAAGCGGAUGCUCGCCUACCUGCUGACUGAUAAACUAGCAGCCGAGUACUCUUGGGAGGGAAAGAAGGGGAAGAAGAAGUUCUGCAAGCUUCGUAUUUGUCAACUCAUGUGUGCUGCAGUAAACAAGAGGUUUACACAAUCAACAAAGGAUGAUGUUGAAGUCACAACAAAGUCAUGGCUCAGACAUGCCCCAGAACGAGAAUAUGGAAAAGCCAGCCAGCGUUGAACUUUGCAUUUUAUAGGUAUUGGUUCUACUUGUUUUAG